AUGACUACUUUGGGCAACCUGACACCCUCAAGCACUGUGUUUUUCUGUUGUGAUAUGCAAGAGCGAUUCCGGCCUGCCAUCAAGUACUUCGGUGAUAUCAUCAGUGUGGGCCAACGACUGCUCCAAGGUGCACGGCUCUUAGGAAUUCCAGUUAUUGUAACUGAACAGUAUCCCAAAGGUCUUGGCAACACUGUGCAAGAAAUUGAUUUAACAGGAGCUAAACUUGUGCUUCCCAAAACAAAAUUUUCAAUGGUGUUGCCAGAAGUCGAAGCAGCAUUAGCAGAGAUCCCCGGAGUCCGCAGCGUUGUCCUGUUUGGAGUGGAAACUCAUGUGUGCAUCCAGCAAACAGCGUUGGAAUUAAUUGGCAGAGGUCUGGAAGUUCAUAUUGUAGCUGAUGCCACCUCAUCAAGAAGUAUGAUGGACAGAAUGUUUGCUCUUGAGCGUCUUGCUCGUACUGGAAUUAUAGUUACUACUAGCGAAGCUAUAUUGUUACAGCUGGUAGCUGAUAAAGAACACCCAAAAUUCAAAGAAAUCCAAAAUCUCAUUAAGGCAAGCGCCCCUGAGUCAGGGCUCCUUUCCAAAGUUUAAAGAGGAUGUGGAGGAAGCAGACCUCAUUGUCAUCCUUGAGGAGGAAGGAAAGCUGUAAGCGCGCAUGUACACCUUCUUUCACUCAAAGUUCGGUAGAAGUGUAAAACUAAAAAUUGACAUACUCGUGCUUGCCUUAGCAAAAUUGUCUGGUUAUACAUCUGGGUGCCAGUAUGUUCUGUUUAGUUACAACUGUCAGAGGCUUUGGGUACUGUAAGACCCUUU